CUACGUUGGGCCCAACAAAAGCUUUGGUUAGUGGAAAUUUUCUCUGGCUAAAACCAGACACAGUAGAUCUGGUUGUGCCCCGCUACCAUCGUAACCGUAAGGACCACCGUACGGAGAUGGCUUUUUCCUCCCGCCGCGGAGGGUGGUGGUCUCACUAUCUCCUCCCCACCUCCAAGCCUUCAAUGAAGCAGGCACGUAAGUCCCGCAAACGGACAGCCAUUAAAGACUUCCUGCUCGCCAACUUCUUCUCCAUUGGCAUCUCUUUGUGCUUUCUCUUUUUCCUACUCAUCAUCUACAGCUAUGGCGUUCCUAAACCACUACUCUCCUCUCACUUCCGUUCCACCCGGACCCGUUUUUCUCGAACCCGUAAGCCCGUUUACAGGAAAUCCCCAGCUGGCGAUGCCGUUUCGGGGGCUGUGGUGGAUAUAACCACCAAGGGUCUAUAUGACAAGAUUCAGUUCCUUGAUGAGGAUGGUGGUGCUUGGAAGCAAGGUUGGAAGGUAACUUACAAGGGAAAUGAAUGGGAUUCCGAGAAAUUAAAGAUUUUUGUUGUUCCUCAUUCGCAUAAUGAUCCAGGUUGGAUUUACACAGUUGAGGAGUAUUAUAAUCGACAGUCCAGGCACAUUCUUGACACCAUUGUUGAAACACUUUCGAAGGAUGCUCGCCGCAAGUUUAUAUGGGAAGAAAUGUCUUAUUUGGAGAGAUGGUGGAGGGAUGCAUCAGCUGCAAAUAAAGAAUCCUUCAUCAAUUUAGUACAGAAUGGACAACUAGAAAUCGUAGGUGGUGGUUGGGUGAUGAAUGAUGAGGCUAAUUCACACUACUUUGCAAUCAUAGAACAGAUAACAGAGGGUAAUUUGUGGCUUAAUGAAACUUGCGGUGUUGUUCCAAAAAAUUCGUGGGUGAUAGAUCCUUUCGGAUACUCUCCAACAAUGGCAUACCUUUUUCGUCGUAUGGGUUUCGAAAAUAUGCUCAUACAGAGGACACAUUAUGAGUUGAAGAAGGAACUGGCUUUGUACAGAAAUUUAGAAUUUGUAUGGCGGCAGAGCUGGGAUGCUGAAGAAACAACUGACAUGUUUGUCCAUAUGAUGCCUUUUUAUUCAUAUGAUAUUCCACAUACUUGUGGGCCUGAGCCUGCAAUAUGCUGUCAAUUUGACUUUGCUAGAACCUAUGGCUUUACGUAUGAGCGCUGCCCUUGGGGAGAAUAUCCACAGGAGACCACACCAGAAAAUGUGAAAGAAAGAGCACUUAAGCUGCUGGAUCAAUAUAGAAAGAAAUCAACACUAUAUCGCACAAAUACUCUUCUUAUUCCCCUCGGAGAUGAUUUCCGCUAUGUCACCGUUGAUGAGGCUGAAGCUCAGUUCAGGAAUUAUCAGCUUCUGCUUGAUUAUAUCAAUUCUGAUGCGGACUUGAAUGCAGAAGCAAAAUUUGGUACCUUGGAAGAUUAUUUCCGGACUCUUCGUGAAGAGGCUGAUAGGGUAAAUUACUCCCGUCCAAAUGAGAUUGGGUCUAUUGAGAUUGGUGGGUUUCCUUCUCUUUCAGGCGAUUUCUUCACAUAUGCUGACAGACAGCAAGAUUACUGGAGUGGUUAUUAUGUUUCUCGGCCUUUCUUCAAGGCUGUUGAUCGUGUGUUGGAGCAAACCCUCCGCGGUGCUGAAAUGAUGAUGGCUUUCCUAUUAGGUCAUUGUCAGAAACCACAAUGUGAACGGUUACCUACCGGAUUUUCCUAUAAGUUAGCAGCGGCUAGGAGGAACCUAGCGCUGUUUCAACAUCAUGAUGGGGUUACUGGUACAGCUAAGGACCACGUAGUUAAUGAUUAUGGGGUGAGAAUGCACAUAGCUUUGCAAGAUCUUCAAAUUUUCAUGUCAAAGGCCGUAGAGGUGUUGCUUGGGAUUCGCCAUGAAAAGAAUGAACAGAACCCAUCUCAGUUUGAGCCUGCACAAGUGAGAUCUAAAUACGAUGCUCAGCCAGUGCACAAAGCCAUGGCUGCUCAUGAAGGUACAGUCCAGACUGUGGUGAUAUUUAAUCCACUAGAGCAGACAAGACAUGAGGCUGUGAUGGUAAUUGUUGACAGACCGGAGGUGACAAUCUUGGACUCAAAUUGGACAUGUGUGAAAAGCCAGAUUUCUCCAGAGAUGCAACAACACUACAGCAGCAAGGAGGAUGAAACAUUAUUCUCUGGUAGACAUCGUGUAUACUGGAAAGCUUCGGUCCCUCCAUUAGGGUUGCAAACUUAUUAUGUCGCUAAUGGGUUUGCCGGUUGUGAAAAGGCCAUACCAGCCGAGGUCAAAUGGUUCGUGCCUUCUUCCAAUAUUUCUUGCCCCAAACCAUAUACUUGCUCAAGAAUGGAGGGUGAAGAAGCAAUAAUCAGUAAUCGCCAUCAGACGCUUACAUUUAGCAUGAAGGAAGGAUUGUUACAGAGAGUUAGUCAUACCAAUGGCCGCCAUAAUGUUGUUAUUGGGGAGGAAAUAAGUAUGUACUCUAGCACUGAGAGUGGAGCUUACCUAUUCAAACCAAACGGCGAUGCUCAGCCCAUUUUUGUAGCCGGUGGGUCGAUGGUUAUCUCGGCGGGCCACUUGGUGCAGGAAGCUUACUCAUUCCCAAAGACACAAUGGGACAAAGCUCCAAUUUCCCAUAGCACCCGCAUAUAUGAUUAUGGUGGUGGUGACAGUUCCUCGAUACAAGGAAAUGUCAUUGAGAAGGAGUACCAUGUGGAGCUUCUUGGCAGUGAUUUUAACAACAAAGAACUUAUAGCUAGGUACAGAACUGAUAUUGACAACCAAAGGGUUUUCUAUUCUGAUUUAAAUGGGUUCCAAAUGAGCCGUAGAGAGACGUAUGAUAAGAUCCCUGUUCAAGGGAACUAUUAUCCGAUGCCAUCUCUUGCUUUUAUGCAGGGACCGGAUGGUCGACGCUUCUCCGUCCACACCCGGCAGUCCCUAGGUGUGGCAAGCCUUAGAGAUGGAUGGUUAGAGAUAAUGCUGGACCGGCGAUUGGUGAGGGAUGAUGGGCGUGGUCUUGGACAGGGGGUGAUGGACAAUCGGCCAAUGAAUGUUGUGUUCCACAUCCUUGUAGAGUCUUCUUCUAACGCUUCAAUAGCUUCUGCAAUAACUAAUCAUCACCCUCUAAGCCCUUCCCUUUUAUCUCAUCUCAUAAAUUCCCACCUAAACUACCCCCUCAACACAUUUGUAGCCAAGAAAGCACAUGAAAUCUCUGUACAGCCUCCCCCAAGAUCCUUCUCUCCACUGGCAUCCAACCUUCCAUGUGACUUGCACAUCCUAAGUUUCAAGGUUCCUCGCCCUCUAAAAUAUUCCCAGCAGCCCCCACUUGAGGAAGAGCCUAAGUUUGUUCUCAUCUUCCAGCGGUGGCAUUGGGACUCCUCGUAUUGUCGGAAAGGUGGCAGGUCUGAUUGCUCAAGUGUGGCUGAUGUGCCAGUUAACCUAUUUGACAUGUUCAAGGGUCUUUCCGUUUCGAAUGCAAAGCCCACAUCUUUGAAUCUUUUGCAUGAAGACACAGAGAUGCUUGGUUAUAAGGGGCAUUUUGCAGAUGGUGCCCGUGAAGGUCAUGUCCUCAUCUCUCCCAUGGAAAUACAGGCUUACAAGUUACACCUACGACCAAAUUAGCCAGAGAGUGUUUGCUGCUGACUGGAGUCCCGAUGGUGAGAAAGUUUCCUCUGGUGGCAAAGACAGACUUUUGAACCUAUGUAUGGGUUAAUAUAUUAUAUUUAUAUGUCACACAAUCUCACCUAGAAGAUAAAAUUUUGGUCCUGUUGGGUUAGGGUUUGAAUCUAAAGGUCUUAUAGUGUGAGCACAAGCCAUAAUUUUGUUGUUGCAUGUUUUAAUUUAUUCUUAUUUAUUUUAGUAUGCUACUAAUAUGAGAUUAUGAAGCCAUGUGCUUUUUAGUUUUCCAAAGUAGGAUAUGCCACCAACAAGAGUACAGGCAUUUAGUGAUAUUAUUAAAAGUCACUUUAGAAGUUUUGUUAUUUAAAAUCACUUUGUGAAGGGUUUACACAUUGCAGCUUUAAAUAUUCUUGUGGUUUGUACUCUUCAACGUUGUUUUGGUUUGGUUGUGUUUAUUAAUUUAAAUUUUUCAUCAAAGUUCUG